UGGUGAGCUGGUAAGGGGUUAGCUGUGGGGCACUCACUGGGGAGCAGGCUCAAUCCUCCAGCCACACUUCCUGAUCAGCCAGGCUGAGUCUUGUGAGAUAGUACUCACUUUCAGAGGGUCUCACAACAGAGUAGCACAGAGCAGCUUGGAUGGGGUGAGUCGCACCUGUUGAAGAAUGGCUCCUCGUUUUGCAUGGAGACUCAGGAUCAUGUUCCCUGCUUGGAUCAGCUGUGCAUUGCUAUUGACAUCCCCGUGUGGAUCCCUCCGAGUGCUGAGGGAAGAAAUCUCUCUGCUUGCUGAUGAUAAAGAUCCCAAAUGCUUCACCCGAGCGGACAAAGACCUGACUUGUUUUUGGAAAGGCAGCAAUAUCACUUCAUACGAUUUCUAUUAUGAAUAUGAGGGAGAAGAGGAAAAGAAAUGCACACUUACCCAUCAGAGAGUGGACCCAGACACAGGGCUUCACGUUUGCUCGUUCCCUCCUGAAGAUGUUUACCUGUUUGUAGAAGCACAAAUCAAAGUGACGGAGUCCGGGACAAACGAGCCUGUCUACGAGCGCGUGGUGAAUGUGGAGAACCAAGUUCUGCUAGACCCACCAACCGAUGUCUCAGUUUCUCUGAAUGGUAAACCACAGCAGCUUAAAGUGAGGUGGACAGCUCCCAGACCAGGCAAUCUGCAGUAUGAAAUACAAUACUCCACUGACAAAGCACAAGCGAAGGUAAGCGAGCCACAGUCACUGGUUCACACUCUGUAUGGGCUGAGUCCGGGUGAGAAAUAUAACAUUGCAGUUCGUGCCAAGCCGGACGGCAGCUCGCGGGACGGAUUUUGGAGCGCUGUGGUGCCCAGACCUGCAGAUGAAAUUCAUCUCAACUGCUUCACCCCUUAUCUCCAGUAUGUUAUCUGCAACUGGAAUUCAGAAGAGAUGGAGAAGGAUACUCAAUACACUCUCUAUUACCAGUCCAGAAACGGUGACUGGGAAGUGUGUGACCACAGUGACGUCACCAACACCUGCACAUUCCAGGGCUGGAACUCCAGUGACAUCAUCGUUACCGUCAAUGCCAGCUCAAGGCAUCAGAACCACACCUUCUACAAGGAGCCAAUCAGCAUGAAUCGCAUGGUUCUCACAGCCCCGCCGAAGCACUUGGCAGGUGAAGUGAACGAUGGCAAGCUGAGGCAUCAGUGGGAACCGGCCGUGGCAGAGCUUGCAGACCACAUGGUUUACCAGAUCCGGUAUUCACUGGAUAACCACAGUGGAUGGAAGUUUUUCAGGUAUGAUCCUCUACCUAACCCCACGCCAGAAACUGGCCGACCCUUCAACUACGUGACAAUCCUCAACUAAACCAGACUUGCAAUCCUGGAGACAAUCCUGGAGUCUCCAUCGCAUCUCAAACUAUAUACACAGGAUUUUGUACAGAGGACUGGUUUAGGGGCAGACAGUACAGCUGAACACUGCUGGGUCUAAGGGGCGCUCUAGGGCAGGGGUUUUCAACCAGUGGUACUUCUAAGGCUCAUAGAACUGCACAAAUAAAAAUGAAGGUAAAAUAAAAGAAAAUAAUGUUUUUUUUUUAACAGUGUUAUAUAUUCUCUAAAACACUGUGUAUAAUUAUCUAAUCUUUGUUUAGCAGAUGAAAACAAAUACACAAAAUCUACCACGUCCCAUUUUCCGCCUGUACGCACGUGUGAUUUCGAUUGAGUGGAUUUGAUAUAUAGGUGAAGCAGGCGUCUGGCGAUUAUGCUGAGGUGGGAAGUAAAUGGUAACAUGAUAAACAUUUACUGUGCAGACUCUUUUGUAUUACGAAUAAUGACUUUGUCAAAUAGAAUGUGAAUACGAGUGUUCUCGAAGCGAUUCCUAAAUACUGUCUUUUAAUUCUGUGCAUCCAAUGACGUGUAAUUAAGUUUUAAGAAUUAAGCCAACUGUUUGGUAUUCUGUGUUAAACCAGCAGUUCAGUUGUCAGCUCAAGACUGUUGUGAAAAAUGAUAUAUUAAAUAAACAGGGAAAAAAAAUGUGUUAAUCAGAUUAUUCUGCCUUUCAUUGCAAUUGUGGAGGCACUCAGUGAGCAAAACUGUAGAGGGUACUUUAGCUGAAACCGCCCGACAGAAUGGGUACAGUUUCAAAAAGAGGUUGAAAACCGCUGCUCUAGAGAACCCUCAAGUCUGUUUUUAAUAAUGUGUUAUUACUGUAGAUAGAACAAAAUGUACAGAAAACAUAUUCACAUGUCAGUGUUCAGGGAAUGCUUAACUGUACAUAGAGAUUAGAGACAACAAAUAAUGAGGGGGGUAACAAAACUUUUAGAAUACUGUUUCUUCAUGUGUAUGUAUUUUUCUGUCAAGUUUAGAUCAAUUUAGAACAGUCCACAUGAGAUGUAUAUUAAGUUUGAUAACAAGAUCUGCAACUUGGGAAAUGCAGUUUAUUUUCAUUUCUAAAGUGAUUUGUUUUUCUUUUUGUAAUUACGGCAGCACUUUUUGCCAUUUCAGUCCAGCCACUGCAAGCGGUUCUAAUGUGUUUGUUGCUGAAACUUUGACGAAACAAAAUUCCUAUAAAACACUGAGUGAAAAUGCAUCGCAGUUCUGUGUACAGCGUGAGCUUAUCCCCUUCCACAUCCAUAUCCCCUUCAGUCACUGUGUGCACAACUGUAUCAUGGCAAGCCUUCUAGCAAUGUAUAUAUUUUAUAAUCCAAUAUAUAUAUUUGUUCCCCACAAAGUUUUGGCAGGGGGUA